AUGGAGCUAAAUUCUGUUAAAGAUGCUUUUGACCGAGUUACUAAGAAGCAAAAGUUAUCCAGUUCUAAGACUCAUGAGUUGCUUGAUCAGAUCAGACAGGAAAUUGAGCGUGUUUUAGAAAUGAUGCAGUCAGUCAGUAACACUGAUCAAGUGCUUGAUCAUAACCCUAUCCUGAAUGAGCUGAAGGCCAGUAUGCUUAAAAUUGCUCCACUUGGCCAAAUGGAAAGUACACAAAAGGAGCUAAAUGUAGCACUCAACAAAUAUGGGAAGCAGGUUGAGAAGUGUUUCAACUCUGAUAUAUCCAAAGCUUACAGAAACAUCGACAUUGAUACGCGCACUUUAAAUCAAAUAAUUGCCAACCAUUUUUAUCGCCAGGGUCUUUUUGAUGUUGGGGACCAUUUUUUAAGUGCAGUUGGAGAACCUGAAUCUGCUGCAAUUAUGAAAUCUCCAUUCUUGGAAAUGUAUCAAAUACUCCAAGCCAUGCAGAAUCAGAACCUGGAGCCAGCACUCAACUGGGCUGCGUCUAAUUCUGACAAACUUGCUCAAAGUGGAUCAUCAGACAUUGUAUUGAAACUUCACUCGAUGCAAUUUGUAAAAAUUCUUCAAAAUGGUGGUAGUAGAGAUGAAGCCCUUCACUAUGCAAGAACUCACCUUUCUCCUUUUGCUAGCAGUCAUAUUGCUGAAGUCCAGAAGCUCAUGACUUGUCUUCUGUGGCCUGGAAAGCUUGAUAAGUCUCCAUACCAUGCAUUACUUUCCCCAUCUAACUGGGAUAAGUUGGCUGAGGAACUUAAAAGACAGUUCUGCAAUCUUUUGGGACAGUCAUACAACAGUCCAUUGAGUGUGACCGUUGCUGCAGGGAUCCAGGUUUUGCCAGCUCUCCUUAAAUUUAUGAAUGUCAUGGCAGGAAGGAAGCAGGAAUGGCAGUCAACGAACCAGUUACCAGUGCCGAUUGAGAUGGACGAGGAAUUCCAGUUUCAUUCUAUUUUUGUUUGCCCUGUCUCAAAGGAACAAGCAUCCGAGGAUAACCCUCCAAUGUUGAUGUCCUGUGGCCAUGUCCUCUGUAAGCAGUCUAUCUUGAAAAUGUCCAAGAAUAGCACAAAAGUUUUUAAGUGCCCGUAUUGUCCCUCUGAUAUUGAUGCAGCACAGUGCAGGCAAUUAUUUUUGUGA